AUGAGAGGACAGCUUUUUCCGCUGCUUGGCUGAUUGUGGAACUGCAUCCCUUUGAGUUGCGACGGGCAAAAACUUCACUCGCGUAAAAGUCGUCUGUCAUAUGCUCCGGACAGACGCUGGAAUGUCCUCUGGUUCAUAUUGCCAGUCGUCAUGAGGGAAUUUGCAUACAGCCUAAUAGUCGACUACACGAUCUGAUUUGGGCUAAAUCGAGAUCAACGUUAAACGGGACUGGUUGUUUUCGUCUUCUGAGGAGAAACAAAGUUGCUGCUGCUGCGGGCACGUCCCUGGUCUUGUUCCCAUUGCUGACCAGAGGAAGGCUGAGGAAGGAGAAAGGUGGAGGGCUGUUGGCACAGCCCUGAGGCCUUGACUGAAAUCAUGGGGGAAUGAGGGGGGAAGACCCACAGGCGCUGACCCAGGAUGGAGCUCAAAGUCUGGGUGGAUGGCGUCCAGCGUGUUGUCUGUGGUGUCACCGAGGCAACUACCUGCCAGGAGGUGGUUAUUGCCCUGGCCCAAGCUAUAGGGCGCACUGGGAGGUACACUCUGAUUGAGAAAUGGCGGGACUCGGAGCGCUUCCUGGCCCCACACGAGAGCCCCGUGGCCUCGCUGAACACCUGGGGCCAGUAUGCAGGCGACGUGCAGCUCAUCCUGCACCGCACGGGGCCCACUCUGACCGAGAGGCCCCCGUCAGAAGGCCCGUGCUCCAGGCUGCCUGAGCGUGGCCCCCACAGACAGAGCCUCCCACCCAUGGCCAAGUUCCGGCCGCAGGGCAGCCUCUCGCUGCGGCGCCGGGAACCCAGACGCAAGUCGCUCACCUUCGGAGGGGCCCCACGGAGCCUCCGAGACAUCCUGAGCGGGGGGCGGCUGGGCGGCGGCGAGGUUGAGCCAAAAUGCCAGGCUGUCACGUUGAGCAAUGGACACAUGCCCACCUUGAUGCAUCUUUCAGGGACCCGUGAGGAGGACCUGACCCGACUGAUCCGUCUGCAGGGGGAGAAGUUGGGGGUCCUCAGUCACAGGGUAGAGGCCUACAACGUGGAGCUUAGGACUUUCAAGGAGAGAGGAGAGUGCGGUGGUGGUUGCGAUGCUGCAGUUAUGGCAGCGGUGGCGGAGGAGAUCACAUGCCUGGACAAGCGUCUGCGCAGGAACGAGGUGGAGAUGGCGGAGGAGGAGUUCUGGAUGAGCGAGCUGGAUAUCGAGCGGGAGAGCGAGCGGCAGCUGGACGAGAGGCUGCAGGAGAUGCGGGGACGUGUGCGGGACUGCGAGGACAAGCUGAAGCAGCGGCUGACACGGCAGCAGGGCAUGGAGGCAGGGCUGGAGGCUGAGAGGGUUCAGAUGGAGCAGAAAGAGAUCCAGCAGGUGAGUGAGGAGGAGCUGCUGGCGCGUCUGCAGCGCGUGGCUCUCGAGCUGAAGGUCCAGACCCAGCACACCGUCCAGAUGGAGAGCAGCUGCAGAGCUCUGGAGCGCUCACUGGGCCAGUGUGGGAAAAGGCUGCAGGAGAAACAGCACGAGUUGGAGCAGCUGACCAAGGAGCUCAGGCAGGUCAACCUACAGCAGUUCAUCCAGCAAACCGGCACCAAGGUCACGGUGCUGCCCGUCGAGCCCGGUGAGGAGGAGGAGGAGGAGGAGGGCGGCCAGGCUACAGAGAGCACAGAUUUUGCUGCCUUGUCUGGUUCCCUGAAACGUCCCGGUGUAGCCCACCCCAUUCCAGGGCACUUGCGGGUGCUGCAGAGUGGUCUGAGGUCAGCGUUAAACCCAGAGGGCAUCUAUGUGUGAGGGCUAAAGGAAGCAGCCACCCCCUACAGUCCCCUCAAAGAUGCAAGCCAGCAUCCCAAUACCACAAAAGACUCAAUCCUCUCAGUGGCCUUUCAUUAGGCGGAGGUAAUGGGGUUCAUAGGAAUGCUACGAUUAUCACAGUCCAGCCUUUUGUAGUUUGUAGGGUUCUGUGUUUAGCACAUGCUCAGUUUGGAGAGUGAUGUUGAUGAGGGCAUCUCAUCGUUCUUUAACUGAAAGUUGUUCUCUGGGCUGUUUACAUUCAUUUAUGCACAUUCAGCACAUUGUGUGGCAUUACCACAGCUGGAUAGGUAGAGAUGGAGAGGAGCACAUUUCCCUGAGGUCACGUUAUUGCAAAGGGGUCUUUCUAUGUUUUUCUUGCCUAUCCACUUUUCUCAACUAUAUUUCUUACCGAGACCUUCAAAGCAUGGAGAAGCUCACUUGGAAUACCAGUAUGGAACUGUGGAGUUUUUGUAGUACCUGUGAUAAACCUAUUUUACAAUCGGGAAGAACUGAAUUGUUAAUAGGUAUUUCAAAACAUCUAAACAGUUCUGAGUUCUGAUACUGCAUCAAUGUAGACUAAUAAUAAUGCAGCUGAGUGAACAGAAUAAGCAGUUCCUAGAAGAGAUUAUUUUCCAAUUUACCUUCAAAAAGGAUAUGACUGUGUAGAUGUUCUACUUCUUAUAUAUAUACAGUAUAUAUGUUUCCUUAAUGAAAUCAGGCCAAAGAACAAGAAAACAAGUGUUAAUGUGUAUAUCUCGUAAGCCAUAUCUAACUGCAUAGUUGCAUAUUAACAGCAAUAAACAAUGUGUGAUUGGUUUGCUGUUUUCGUGUGUUUUGCAGUGGAAUUAGAAAUAUUUUAGGUUCUGUUAAUCAGACAAACAACACACAUUCAGUGCCUUAUAUGUUAAUGGAAAUCCAACCAGUGUUACACAGAUGUCAUUUUGAGAUUAUUGAAGAGUGUCUACCAUUGAUUUGGGAAAACAAAGCAAGAUUCCGAACCUCUUCCGUAUUACUUCUGUUAAAGAAUAAUUAGCCUGAUACACAUUUUAUUCCAGAAUUUAGUACUCUGUCUUACAUGUCAUGAAUCUAAGCUGUGAGUCGUGACUUACAUGUCGUGAAUCUAAGAUCAGCCACUGCUCUGCAUAUUGUAAAUCAUGGCAGAAUGUAAAAACCAGUGCAACAAUUGUUUUGAGUAUUGCACUUGUUGUGUGUCUACCAUCGCUUCAUUGAGUGGGUGUGUGUUGCGUCACCAAUGCAUUUUUAUGUAUUAUCAGUAUGUCUUAUUUGGCAUUGGCGAGUAUUCUGUUACUGCAUGGUUAAACCACUUUUGUGUAUUUGCUAUGCCAUUUGUCUAGCGCUCUUUCAUGUUGGCUUCCUCAUAAAAUAUGUGCAGUAUAUGUACAAGGAAUGGAGGUGAUUUUUUUUUUUCUUUUCUACUUUAUUUCUUAAGCUAAACAUACAUUUAAAACUAAGCUUAAAAAGACUCUUCUAUUUCACUGUGUUGUUUGGGGAUACUCAAAUACUCAAGUGUGACAGCCAAAGAUUUUAUCGUUUGAUUAUUCUGUUGUUUCUUUUUAUUUAUGUAGUUGCUCAGUUAUUUUAAAAUAAAGACAUUGGUUCACUUCUCAA